AUGCAUCUUUUCAAUACUUUCUUAUUGAUCAUCUGUGCUGUCUUCAUGGUUCAAGCUUGCCCUUCAUCAAGCAUGUAUGGAGAAGGAAAUGGACUGGAAGGACCACCAGGGCGUGAUGGGCGGGAUGGAUUACCGGGUGACCCAGGAGAUGAAGGACCACGUGGUCCACCAGGAGAGACGGGAUUGCCAGGAAUGCAAGGGCCACAAGGUGAAGAAGGAGAAAAAGGACUCCCAGGGUUGCAAGGACCGAAAGGUAUGGAAGGACCUCAAGGACCAGAGGGACCAGCAGGAGGUAGAUGA